UAUCCCCCUCAUCAACCAACCUCACAUAAUCACAUUCACAUUUUAUUAUUAACCCGGUGGUGGUGUGUACAAACACCAGGGACGUAGUUAACGCAAAUCACAUACCUAUUCGUUUAAUGGAACAACAUUUCAAUUGGCCUGCAUCAUCAUCCUCCGAUUCAUCCUCAUCAGAAUCCUCUCACUCGGGUCAAAAACCCAAACAUUCCAACCAAAUAAAGGGCCCAUGGACCGGCGAAGAAGACAAGAUUUUAACCCGGUUUGUUGAGCGAUACGGGGCCCGAAACUGGUCCCAUAUUAGUAAAUAUAUAAAGGGCCGGUCCGGUAAAUCGUGUAGGCUCCGGUGGUGCAACCAGCUGAGCCCCGAUGUGCACCACCGGCCGUUUUCACCGGCGGAAGAUGAGACCAUUUUGGCUGCACAUGCUCAGUACGGGAACCGGUGGGCCACCAUUGCCCGGUUGCUUCCGGGUCGGACCGAUAAUGCGGUUAAGAAUCAUUGGAAUUCUACGUUGAAGAAACGGCGGUUUGAGAACCGGAGUGGUGUGCCGGAGGUUGUGGUGUCGGGAUCUCCGAGGAAUGUGGGUGUGGCGGCGGAUGAGGAUGAGGAGGAUCCGAUGACGGCUUUGUCUUUAGCGCCGCCGGGGACAAUGGGGUGUGAGUCGUCGGAAAACCGGACGGAGAGUUUUCCGGUGGGGUUUUGGGAUGUGAUGAGGGGGGUGAUUGCUAGGGAGGUUAGAGAGUAUGUUACGACGUCGUUCCCGGAGACUUCUUCUUCUGGGUUUCAUUGACAGUUGUGUUUUUUUUUUUUUUUUUUUUUUUUUGUAUUUUAUAAUGGAAGUUAAAUGUUGAUAAAUGAUAAAUUCGUUAAGUGUAAUUUUGUUGAUA